GGCCGGGACGCGGAGCAUGGAGCCGCGGGCCGGCUGCCGGCUACCCGUGCGGGUGGAGCAGGUCGUCAACGGUGCGCUGCUGGUCACCGUGAACUGUGGCGAGCGCAGCUUCGCCGGGAUCCUGCUGGACUGCACGAAAAAGUCUGGCCUCUUCGGCCUGCCCCCGGCGGCUGCACUGCCCCAGGCCCAGGACCCCCCCGUCAACGGCUGCCACAGCCUGGCCCCCACGGAGAGGGACGUGGAGGCAAUGCAGCUGGGGACAGGCCCCCCUCCACCACCCUGUGGGGACCGGCCCCCUGAGACCACCUGCCCUGAGCCGCCCCCGCCCCUCGUGCCACCGCUGCCCGCCGGAAGCCUGCCCCCAUUCCCGCCCUACUUCGAAGGCGCCCCCUUCCCUCCUCCGCUCUGGCUGAGAAACACGUACCGCCAGUGGGUGCCACAGCCGCCCCCCCGGGGCAUCAAGAGGACGCGAAGGCGCCUGUCCCGCAACCGUGACCCGGGCCACCUGGCCCUGAGCCCCAUCCGCCUGCGGCCACGCCAAAUCCUCUGUGAGAAGUGCAAGAGCACCCUGAGCCCCCCAGAGGCCAGCACCGGCCCCCCGGCCGCCCCCCGGCCGCGCCGGAGGCUGGGCGGUGGCCCGGGCCCCGACAGGGAGUCCCGCAAGUCCGAGGACCCCGACGGGGGGGGUGAUGCCGCGGCUGCUGUGAAGAGAAGCAGGCGGGAGAGGCAGGAGGAGGCCAGGGCCCGGGUCCCGCGAAGCCCCGUCAUCAAGAUCUCCUACAGCACGCCCCAGGGCACCGGCGAGGUGGUGGAGAUCCCCUCCCGUGUGCAUGGCUCCCUGGAGCCCUUCUGCCCCCCACAGGCCCCGCAUGGCGGCGGCCAGGACCCUGAGGUGCCAAGGGACAGGCCACCCAGUGGGCCCCUCGCCUCCAUCCCCAAGCUGAAGCUGACUCGGCCUGUGCCCCCCGGCAUGGACCCGCUGCCCCCCAGGAUCCGCCUGAAGCCUCGCCGCGUGGGGGCCGGUGAGCAGGAGCCCGUCUACAGGGCCGAGCUGGUGGACGAGCUGAAGGGCCCCGGGCGCGGCCCCCGGGCCGGCUCCGCUGCCCCCCUGGCCACCGGCCCUGCCCACCAGGGGCUGGUGGACUUGUCUUCUGGAAGUUCCGGCGAGGACGACGGCUGCAAGGGGUGCCCCCGGGGCAAGCACGGGCGCCAUGGCCUGGCUUUGCUGGCCGCCGGCCCCCCACGAACGGGCUGUGCUGGUGAGUCCGCGUGGAGCGGCGACAGCCUGGACGAGUCCAAAUCGUCUGGCUCCGAAGUGGCGUCACCAGACCCGUGUGACCUCUCGUCCGGCGACGGUGUGUCCCUGCCAUCCUCGUCCUCGUCCCAGGAUGCACGGCCGACGGUCCCGCCCCUCACGGUCAGGCUGCACACGCAGAGCGUCUCCAAGUGUGUGACCGAGGAUGGAAGGACCGUGGCUGUAGGGGACGUCGUGUGGGGUAAGGUUCAUGGCUUUCCUUGGUGGCCAGCGCGUGUCCUGGACAUCAGUCUUAGCCAGAAGGAGGACGGGGAGCCCUCCUGGCAAGAAGCGAAGGUUUCGUGGUUUGGUUCUCCGACUACAUCGUUCUUGUCUAUUUCAAAACUCUCCCCUUUCUCUGAAUUUUUCAAACUGAGAUUUAACCGUAAGAAGAAGGGGAUGUAUCGGAAAGCUAUAACAGAGGCUGCCAACGCCGCGCAGCACGUGGCCCCGGAAAUCAGGGAGCUCUUAACCCAGUUUGAAACAUAGCUCGGUUCCUGCCCAGGUCACCGACGAUGAGGGCACGGCUCUUCUUCUGCAGCUUCUGAGUUGGGGGGCACCCUCCGCACCCCCGUGCUGUCCAAGGACCCUGCGCACCUCCUGGCCGGCUGCGAGCAGGAACGCAGGCCGUGGGGUCAGCCUGCUCCUGGCCUCCCGGGGAGGAGCAGGCUGUCUGGCCACGAGGACAGACCCCGCAGCACAGAGGCUCCUCUCCGCCAAAUGUAUUUAUUCCUGAGACUCAGACUUUAGCUUUAUCUGGUUGGUGAAGGACCAGGGGCCCAGCAGUGAGGGUGGCCCGCCAGGUCGGGGUGCUGUCUGGGAGCGCUCCCCUCCCUGCGGACUUCAGGGUCCUUCCUCCCAAGCCCCCGGGCGGGCGCGGUCUGUGCUCCUGAGAACCAGGACCCGCCUGCGCCGCCCCCUCCUCGGCCGCCCAGAGCGCGGCCCUGGCGGGCGCCCGGCGCUGGCCUCGGCCUCCGGGCCCAGACGCCGUGGGCGCUGCCUGUCCUGUGCGGAGGUGACGAGGGCUGUCACUUUGAAAUCAGACUUCAGCGUUAAGAGGACAAACCCUUGCCUGUUGUUUGUAAGAGUGCGUCUGCUCCCCUUUUUGUCACUUUAAAGACCAAAAAGAAGAAAGAAAGAAAAAGAAAAGGAGCC